AUGGAUCUGCACUGCUUCUGCCCGCAUAUGCUUCCCCGAGCUCACGUUGACCUCACUGUGAGCCCCGCCCGCACCUCUGCAUCCUUUUGUGCUCGAGCCCAAGCUUAUGCGUGCCGACCAUCGUCGCCUGUAGUCUCGCCGCCGCACACCUUUCUGCUGUCCGUGGCCUCGCGCCUGCUGCCGCCGCUGCCUUCAGCUGCUCUUGCUAUUCCUCGCUGCAGGCCGCGGCCGCCCAUGCAUGCGGUAUCCCCUGCAGCUUGCCCCGCCGAGCCCACGCCCGCGGCGGCUCGCCGACCGCGCCUCGCUACCGCCCCGACCUCCUCCGCCUCCGCCCACUGCGACGGCGGCUGCUCCCACCGUGCCCCCAGCUCGCGCCAGCCGAGCGCCAACGUGCGCGCCCGCAGCCGCUGCUCCCUGCGUGCUGCCGCGAUUGCUCUUGCCGCUGCUUGGCCACUAGCUGCUGUUGUUUUAGCUGCUGUAGCGCUCCUAGCUACUGCUGUGUGCUGCCCUGCUGCUGAUGCUCUAGUCCUUGCUGUUGCUCUGCUUGCUGCCACGACCGCCGUGCUGCCGCUGCUCUAUGCUUCUAAGCUACGGCUGUUGCUCUUGUGCUGCGUUGCGGCCGUCUACAGCUCCUAG